CCGGUAGCUCUCCUCCUCCUACGUCAUAUCCGUUCACACUGCCCGCUUCAUACCAGGCUCCCCGUGCGUUCUAUCAGUUACCGGCAGCCGGUACUUCCUGUCUCGUGUUCCCGGCGUUCUCUCAGAUCCCGGCAGCCAUGACGGACCGGUACACCAUCCACAGCCAGCUCGAGCACCUCCAGUCCAAGUACAUCGGCACCGGCCACGCGGACACCACCAAGUGGGAAUGGCUGGUGAACCAGCACCGGGACUCGUACUGCUCCUACAUGGGCCACUUCGACCUCCUCAACUACUUCGCGGCCGCCGAGAACGAGAGCAAAGCCCGGGUCCGCUUCAACCUCAUGGAGAAAAUGCUGCAACCGUGCGGCCCCCCGGCCGACAAACCGGACGACUCGUAACCGGAGAGACACCUACCGGGGGGGGACGA